AUGGUGUUAAUUUACGAGAUACUAGAAGCUCUGAAAUGUUCAUGGCUUUUAAGCAGGAAAGAUAAGGAUGAUUCGUUCCAGGUUGCGGAGAAGAAGUACUACUCAUUGGAGAUGCCAAACGCGCUCAACGUGAGCAUCUCCUUUUAUUGGGUAUUAAUCGGAGCGGCCUUAUUCUACAUUCCGGGUUUCCCUCAGCACUACUUAUAUAUGUUUGCUCAGCGUGAAAAGGUGCCGUCGACAGAUACCGCAAAGAAGAAGAUGUAG